UUCCCUCGGCAGCUCUUCCGGUCGGCAUUUUGUUCAGCGACUGAGGGAGAGAGAGCCCGAGUGGAUCCGUUUGACCAUCUCGGCUGUCGUCACGAAUUUUUUUUUUCUCCUCCCCUUAACACCCGACGAUAUAUUUUUUUACGUUUUCCUCAGAGGUGUAAAAAGGAAACCGGCGAAUGUUGCCGGUGAAGCGAGCGUUCCCUCAGCUGCUCCCGUUCGAGCCUACAUGUUUGCAGUGAGCGCGGAGGAGAGCGGACCUCCCCGACCCGGAUUAUUGUUGUUCGCCAGUUUGUACGAUUUCUCCGGAGGAGCCGCGAGGGAGCGCGAGGGGGAGCCAGAGACACCGACAGCCGUCCGGACCUCGAGCAGUCUUUUUUAAUUUCCCUUUUUAAACAACACAGCCAGAGCAUUAAGGAGAUGUGAAGUGUGGUCAGACUGUGGCGACACUGAGCAGUCUGUGCAUUGACACAAACCCUGCCCCCACCUUCAGCAUGAAUGGGGAUAUGCCUCAUGUUCCCAUCACCACUCUUGCUGGGAUUGCUAGCCUCACUGACCUGUUAAACCAGCUGCCUCUGCCCUCCCCUCUCCCUGCCACCACUACUAAGAGCCUGCUAUACAAUGGCAGGAUUGCUGAGGAGGUCAACUGCCUGCUGGCCUGCAGGGAUGAGAGCCUGGUGUCCCAACUGGCCCAAAGCCUCAACCAGGUCUCCACUGAGCACAUAGAGUUGAAGGACAACCUGGGAAGCGAUGAUCCGGAGGGUGAUGUUCCGGUGCUGUUGCAGACUGUGCUGUCCAGACAUCCCAAUAUCUUUAGGGAAAAAAGUCUGAUGCAGCAGCCAAUGAUGCCACAGUACAAAAUUACCCAGAAUUCCAUACAUGGCAGUCCAGUGUCCAAUUACCAGCAAGCUUCCAUCUCGCACAGUCCCUCCAGCCGUUUCAUUCCACCACAGACGACCUCCAGCAACAGGUUCCUGCCUCAGCAGAACAGCCCGGUGCCCAGCCCCUAUGCCCCCCAGAGCCCUGCAGGCUACAUGCAGUAUUCCCACCCUCCAAGCUACACACAGCAUCAGCAGAUCCAGCAAGAGCUGCACGGCUCUCCCCUGGUUUCGGCCCCUGCUUAUUCAGGAAGCCCCCAGCGGCCAGUUCAGCCAUGCCUGGGUGGGCAGCCACAGCCCUCCCCCCAGCAGAACCCCACCACCCCAACGUUAGUAUCGGUCGCCAGCCCCAUGGUGCCCGGAGGCAUGAGGAACAUACAUGAGGCAAAGGUGUCUGGGCCAAUGUCAAGCAGUGGUGCCAACCACCACCCAGAUCGCCAUGGUUCCAGUGAUGAUUACAUGAACAUCGUUCACCGGCUCGGCAGCGAGGAUGACCCUUCCUUGAGAAACGCCUCCUUUCCAUUGAGGUCCUCCCAGUCCGUGUGUUCCCCUGCAGGCAGUGAUGGAACCCCCAAAGCUGGGUCCCGCCCCCCGCUGAUUCUGCAGUCUCCGCCCCCCUACACCUCACCCCGCCAUGGCCCUCCGGACCUCCUCCUGGACUCUCCUGACCACAAGAAGAAACAAAAGAAGCUAAAGAUGAGCAAGGAUGAAAAGGAGCAGACUGACAAGUCAGCGAUGUAUGACAUCGUCAGCUCCCCGACACGGGACUCCACAAAGCUGACGCUGAGGCUGUCCCGAGUGAAGUCCUCUGAAACAGACCCAUCGGGCGAGUUGCUUCCGGGCAUGGAGAGUGGUGCUGACACAGAGGGUGAUAUGGCCUUUAACAGCCUGCCGUAUAGCACUGGCCAGCUGCCUCGCACACCCCAGGACAGUGCCGGCUAUGUUCAGGCUCAGCAGCUCUCCAGUAAACAGCCUGGGGCCGCUGGCAAUGCACCCUACGAUGAGGUGGAGAUGGAUGCACUGGCUGAAAUUGAGAGGAUAGAGCGUGAAUCAGCCAUUGAGAGGGAGCGCUGCUCCAAGGAGGUCCAGGAUAAAGACAAGCCACUAAAGAAGAGGAAACAGGACUCGUACCCACAGGAACCCGGAGCGGGGGGCACGGCGGGGGCUGCUGCAGCACCUGGCGGGGGCGGAGGGGGCAGUGCUGGGAACAAGCCGGCUCCCCAGGAGGCCAGCUCAGCAGGCAACGGGGCUAGUCGUCCGGCCCUCCUUGUGAGCAUCGACCUACAGCAGGCAGGUCGAGUAGAGGGCCAGCUGGACCCAUCGUGUGUGGCCGCACCUGUGUUAGCCCUAGAGGCUCAGACGUGGCCUGAGGAGCCACGUGAGGGGCAUGCGGACAACGGCGGUGCGGCCCGGCAUGGGGCUGAACUAGAUGGUGCCAGGCGGAAGUCAGAUGGGCAGAUGCAGAGGGCAGUAGAUGGGAGACCAGAGGUCAUCAAACAGCGGGUGGAGCCGACCCGACACAAGGGUCCCGAUGGCCGGCAAGACACUCCCAAACACAAGCAUGACCACCGGCGUGACUCCACAGGCAAGCCACUUUCCUCAGACAAGCGGCCUGAACUAGGCAAACUUUGUCAUGACAGAGUGGCUGAUGCUCCGAAAGGCCGAUCUGAUGUUAGGACCCUGGAUGCAUCCCGGCAGAAGCAGAGGCUGGAAGGACGGCCCUCCUCGUCCUCCGAGUCUCAUAGGCGGGAAGGCCAUGAGGGUCACAGGAGUAGUGGGAGUGGGGACCCAUCUAGGAUUCCACAGCCUGAAACUCUGAAAUCCUCCAGCAGAGGGGAACAUGACCCUAGAUAUGGGCGGGAUCGGGAAAAGGAGAGGGACCGAGAUCGGAAGCCCAGGACUGAAACUGGUGAGCCAGCAAGGGAUCGAUGUUCCCCAGAAGAACGCUCUCGACCUGACAGGGGCAGCCUUGACCACAGUGGACGUCCGCGGGGUGAUCGGCUUGCUUUCAAGUCACCGGGUGGGGAUGUGAGUAGAAACCGUGAUGCUCAUAACAAGCCUGGAGAGUUCCCCUCUUACUUGCUCGGCGGUAAGUCGGUGGCGCUGAAGAACUUUGUCAUCCCUAAAAUCAAGCGGGACAAGGAGGCUAAUGCCAUGGCGGACAUGAGUGGAAAUGCAGAUAACUGGAAUCAGCCUCAUGUCAGGCUGGAGCGCUUGGGCCUAAUGCAGAUGGAGGAGCUCCACAAGAGGGCUAAGCCCGUCGUUGUGCUGCAGAAGCUCUCCUUUGAUGAGGUGCAGAAGUUCAUCCGGGAGAAAGAGGACAGGAAUGCUCGCAGCUCCAAGUCCAGCAAGAACAGGCUCUCAUCAGGGAAGUCAGGGAAAGGUGGGAUUGACCAGUCAGUGCUGAAGGAGCUGCCCCCAGAACUGCUUGCAGAGAUUGAGUCAACUAUGCCACUAUGCGAGAGGGUGAAGAUGAACAAGCGUAAGCGCAGCACAGUCAAUGACAGGCCCAAGUAUGCUGAGGUCAGCUCUGAGGAAGACGAGGAUGAGCCCACUGGCGAGUCGGCCCGGAAGAAACACCGAAAAGAGAGAGACAGGACGUGGGAGUAUGAAGAGCGUGAGCGGAGGGGCUCUGGGGAGCACCGUAGGGGCUCAGGCAGCCGGUAUCGAGAGCGUAGCCCCGAGUACUCAGAUGAGGGCUCCCCCCCACCCAACCUGAGUGACUUGGCACGGAAGAUGAAAAAGAAGGAGAAGCAGAAGAAGAGGAAAGCCUAUGAACCGAAGCUCACGCCAGAAGAGAUGAUGGACUCUUCCACAUUUAAGCGGUUCUCAGCCAGCAUAGACAACAUUCUGGAGAGUUUGGAGGACAUGGACUUCACUGCUUUGGCUGAUGACGAGGAGAUCCCUCAGGAGUUGCUGCUGGGAAAACACCAGUUGAGUGAGCUGGGCAGCGAGUCGGCCAAGAUCAAAGCCAUGAACGUCACCUGCAGGCUCUCCUCAGACAAGCUGGUAAAGGUGCUGAAUAUCCUUGAGAAAAACAUUCAGGAUGGGGCCAAGCUGUCCACGCUCAUAAAUCAUGACAAUGACACAGAGGACGAGGAGCGACUCUGGCGUGAUCUCAUCAUGGAGCGGGUGACCAAGUCGGCUGACGCCUGCCUUACAGCGCUGCACAUCAUGACUUCGGCCCACAUGCCCAAGGCAGUGUACAUUGAGGAUGUGAUCGAACGUGUGCUGCAGUUCACCAAGUUCCACCUGCAGAACACACUGUACCCACAGUACGACCCAGUCUAUCGCGUGGACCCACAUGGAGGAGGCGUGCUGAGCUCCAAGGCCAAACGGGCCAAGUGCUCCACACACAAACAAAGGGUCAUUGUCAUGCUGUACAACAAGGUGUGCGACAUUGUCAGCAACAUCUCUGAGCUGCUGGACAUCCAGCUACUGACGGACACCACCAUCCUACAGGUCUCCUCCAUGGGCAUCACACCUUUCUUUGUGGAAGACGUCAGUGAACUGCAGUUGUGUGCAAUAAAGCUGGUGACAGCGGUUUUCUCUCGCUAUGAGAAGCACAGGCAGCUCAUCUUGGAGGAGAUCUUCACCUCCUUGGCCCGGCUACCCACCAGCAAGCGCAGUCUCAGGAAUUUUAGGCUGAACAGCAGUGAUGUGGAUGGAGAGCCCAUGUACAUCCAGAUGGUUACAGCCCUGGUGCUCCAGCUCAUCCAGUGUGUAGUCCACCUGCCCUCUGACAAAGACGCAGACGAUGAGCAAGACAAGAAGGUGGAUCAAGAUGUGCUGAUCACAAACUCAUAUGAGACUGCCAUGAGGACAGCUCAGAAUUUCCUCUCUGUGUUUCUCAAAAAAUGCGGCAGCAAACAGGGAGAGGAGGACUACCGUCCACUGUUUGAGAACUUUGUGCAGGACUUGCUGUCCACAGUAAAUAAGCCAGAGUGGCCUGCAGCUGAGCUGCUGUUAAGCCUCCUGGGAAGACUGCUGGUGCACCAGUUCAGUAACAAGCAGACAGAGAUGGCCCUGAGGGUGGCAUCUCUUGAUUACCUGGGAACGGUGGCUGCCCGCCUCCGCAAGGAUGCAGUCACCAGCAAGAUGGACCAACGGUCCAUUGAUCGUAUCCUCAAAGAGGCUUCAGGCACUGAUGAGACACAAAAGCUGCAGAAGACCCUCCUGGACUACAUGGAGGAGAAUGCAGAAACAGACCCCUCUCUUGUCUUUGCAAGAAAGUUUUACAUUGCGCAGUGGUUUCGUGACACCACCACUGAAAUGGAGAGGGCCAUGAAGACACAGAACCAGAAGGAUGAGGACUCAUCAGAAGGGCCACACCAUGCCAAGGAUGUGGAGACCACAGGAGAGAUCAUGCGGAAGACAGAGGCGCGGAAGAAGUUCCUGCACUCCAUCAUAAAGACCACACCCUCACAGUUUAGCAUGCUGAAAAUGAAUUCGGACACAGUGGACUACGAUGACGCCUGCUUGAUCGUCCGAUAUUUGGCCUCCAUGAGGCCGUUUGCGCAGAGCUUCGAUAUUUAUUUAACACAGAUCCUUAGAGUCCUGGGGGAGAGCGCUAUUGCUGUUAGAACAAAGGCCAUGAAAUGUCUCUCAGAGGUGGUUGCAGUGGAUCCCAGCAUUCUGGCCCGGCUGGACAUGCAGCGAGGGGUGCAUGGGCGCCUGAUGGACAACUCCACCAGUGUGCGUGAGGCAGCUGUGGAGCUGCUGGGCCGCUUUGUGCUGAGCAGACCGCAGCUCACUGAACAGUACUAUGACAUGCUCAUUGAGAGGAUCCUGGACACGGGUAUCAGUGUAAGGAAGAGGGUAAUCAAGAUUCUGAGGGACAUCUGCCUGGAACAGCCCACAUUCAGCAAAGUCACAGAGAUGUGUGUGAAGAUGAUCCGCAGGGUUAAUGAUGAGGAGGGUAUAAAGAAACUGGUAAACGAAACCUUCCAGAAGCUGUGGUUCACUCCUACCUCCCAUCACGACAAGGAGGCUAUGACCAGGAAGAUCCUCAACAUUACAGAUGUGGUUGCUGCCUGCCGAGACAGUGGUUAUGACUGGUUUGAACAGCUACUUCAAAAUCUCCUCAAGUCAGAGGAGGAAGCAUCGUACAAGCCUGCCAAAAAGGCUUGUGUGCAGCUGGUGGACAGCCUAGUCGAGCACAUCCUGCAGUAUGAGGAGUCUCUUUCAGCCUCGGAGCAUAAGAGCGUGAACUCAACAAGGCUGGUGGCCUGCAUCACAACGCUUUACCUGUUCAGCAAGAUCCGUGCCCAGCUGAUGGUGAAGCAUGCCAUGACCAUGCAGCCCUACCUCACCACCAAGUGCAACUCCCAGAGUGACUUCAUGGUUAUCUGCAAUGUGGCCAAGAUCCUGGAGCUUGUGGUGCCCCUCAUGGAGCACCCCAGUGAAACCUUCCUGGCCACCAUUGAGGAAGAUCUGAUGAAACUUAUUAUCAAGUAUGGAAUGACGGUUGUGCAACACUGUGUGAGCUGCCUUGGGGCUGUGGUCAACAAGGUCACACACAACUACAAGUUUGUUUGGGCCUGCUUCAACAGAUACUAUGGUGCUCUGACCAAGCUGAAGACCCAGCACCAGGAGGACCCCAACAACUCUGCCUUGGUGGCCACAAAGCCUGCCCUGCUUCGCUCACUGUUCACUGUGGGAGCGCUAUGUCGUCACUUCGACUUUGACUUGGAGGAGUUCAAGGGUAGCAACAAGGUGGUGAUCAAGGACAAAGUACUGGAACUCCUCCUGUACUUCACAAGGCAUGAGGAUGAGGAGGUGCAAAACAAGGCCAUUAUUGGCUUGGGCUUCCUGUUCAUACAGCACCCAGGACUGAUGUUUGCCCAGGAGGUGAAGGGCCUGUACAAUGGCAUCCUGUCGGACCGAAGCAGCUCCGUGACCCUCAAAAUCCAGGUGCUGAAGAACUUGCAGACAUAUCUGCAGGAGGAGGACUCGCGCAUGCAGGAAGCUGAUCGCGAGUGGAAGAAGCUGUCCAAACAGGAAGACCUGAAGGAGAUGGGUGACAUUUCAUCUGGCAUGAGCAGUUCCAUCAUGCAGCUAUACUUGAAGCAGGUGCUGGAGGCCUUUUUCCACACACAGUCCAGCGUGCGCCACUUUGCCCUCAACGUUAUUGCACUCACACUCAACCAGGGCCUCAUCCAUCCUGUCCAGUGUGUGCCAUAUCUCAUCGCCAUGGGAACUGACCCAGAGCCCAGUAUGAGGAAUAAAGCUGAUCAGCAGCUGGUGGAAAUUGACAAAAAGUACACAGGCUUCAUACAUAUGAAGGCGGUGGCAGGAAUGAAGAUGAGCUACCAGGUGCAACAGGCCAUCUGGACGGCGAAGGGCUCGGUGAUCCGGGGCUUCCGGCAGGAUGAGACAAACAUGGCACUCUGCUCCCACCUGUACAGUAUGGUGCGGGGUAAUCGGCAGCAUCGCCGGGCCUUCCUUAUCUCGCUGCUCAACCUCUUUGAUGACAGUGCGAAGACAGAGGUCAACAUGCUGCUAUACAUUGCGGACAACCUGGCCUGCUUCCCGUACCAGACACAGGAGGAGCCCCUCUUCAUCAUGCACCAUAUUGAUAUCACACUGUCUGUGUCAGGGAGCAACCUGCUGCAGUCUUUCAAGGAGUCCAUGAAGGAGCCUGGAAGGAGGGAGAAGAAGCACCGGGAGCAGAAGAAUGGCUCUGAGCAGAAAGUGAAAGAGGAGGAAGAGGAGGAAGACAUAGAGGGCCGAGAGGCUAAGGAGUUAAAUAUGUCAAGCAGUCAUGGCCACAGCAGCGAGGACGAUGAUGAUGAUGUGGUACAGCGGCGGCCCAAAAAUCCAAAGCGGGCAGCUGUGGACUCCGAUUCUGAGUCCGAGUCAGACUGGGACUCGGACCUGGAUGUAGAGGACGUCGACAAGGUGAUGGCGCGCCUUCCCGAUGACCCUGCACCACUGCUGGACUUUGCCAAUGCCUCCCAAGGCAUCCUGCUGCUCCUUAUGCUCAAACAGCACCUCAAGAGCCUGUACAGCUUUUCAGACAGUAAAAUCCAGAAGUACUCACCAACAGAGUCGGCCAAGGUGUAUGACAAGGCUGUCAACAGGAAGUCCACGGUGCACUUCAACCCUCGACAGACGAUCGAGUUCUUGUCUAAGGACAUGACCAGCGCCAAGAUCAGCGAUGAGGUCAAGAGGAAGAUAGUCAAGCAAUACUUGGAUUUCAAGUUACUGAUGGAGCACUUAGACCCGGAUGAGGAAGAUGAAGAGGGGGAGGCAUCAGCCAGCACUAAUGCUCGAAACAAAGCCAUCACCGCACUGCUAGGAGGCUCUAGCCCCAAGAACAACGCCACAUCUGCCGACACAGAAGAUGAUGAGAGUGAUGGUGACGAGAAGACCCCAGGGUCAUCCCGGAAGGCUAAGCGGGGUGGGGACUCUGCUGAGGCAUCUGGCAACAUGAACGAGACAGUGGAAGCCAUGGAUGUCAUCGCUAUUCGCUGCCCCAAGUACAAGGACCGGCCGCAGAUUGCGCGGGUCAUCCAGAAGACCAGCACCGGCUACAGCGUGCACUGGAUGGCAGGUUCCUACUCGGGCCCUUGGGCCGAGGCCAAGAAGCGUGAUGGACGCAAGCUGGUGCCCUGGGUGGACACCAUCAAGGAAUCGGACAUCAUUUACAAGAAAAUCGCCUUGACGAGCUCGCACAAGCUGACUAACAAAGUGGUGCAGGCGCUGCGAUCGCUAUAUGCAGCCAAGGAUGGGACCUCCAGCUAAUGAGCUCCAGGGUCCCCAUUGCUCCAGCCCUCAACAGCCAAAAUGACACUAGGAAACCCAACUUCUGUUUUUUUUUUUUUCUUUUUCUUUUUCUUUUUCUUUUUCCUUCUUUCUUCUUCCUUCCUGAACCACCACCAUUACACAAAGGCGAGACUAUCAGACACUACAAAGGCCUUGAAUUGCAACUUUAUUGCAAAAAACAGGAUUGUGAAUAUUGGGGUCUAUGAAGACAUUUAGAAAUGUGGAUCCAGGACACACUUAAGAAAUUCAGAAAAAAAAAUAAGGAUGCAAAACGAGAAUACAAAAUUCAGAAAGAAAUGUUUGGGGAAACAUUGUGUGGGAGCUCCUUCGCUGUUGUGCAGCAGAAAAAAAAACCCGGUCUUUUGAUUUCUACUCCCACUGUAUCAUAGUUUAACACAAGAAAACUAAAAUGUUUAUAUCUCAGAAAAAAGAUUUCUGUUUAAAAAAAAAAAAUAAAGUGAAUGUUGGAACUUAGUCUGUUGAUGUUCUUAAUAAAAAAAGUGGUCUUGGAGUUUAACCUAGCACCCGGAUGGCUUUCUUUAGCUUAGCUUAUUUUCCUGGAAAAGCUGUUUUUAUUUUUGUUUCCUUUCGUUUGUCCAUGCUGUACAAUGGCAGAGUCUCCUGGAAUAUAAUUUAUUCUGUUUAAAAAGGAAGCAUGCAGUAUCUGUGGCCUACCUGCAGGGGGAGUUUUUUGUAAAUGUAGAUUUUGAUGUAUUAGGUCACCCUAGUAUUGAGAGAAAGGGAUCCCCAGCACUUCUGGCGGAACAAAUACUGCAAUAAAUUUUCUACU